AUGAGUGCAACCAAGAGGAAUGCGACUCAACGGAUCGCCACUGGUGAAACAGACACUGUGGGCUCAAGGUUAGGCCACAGGGACUCGGAUUAUGACGAUGAGCUGGCCGCACAUUCACCAGCUUCAGAAGCGUCAGAGGAGGAGUAUGAGACUGAAGAGGAUACUGGCAGAACACGGAAGAAGGCUGCGAGAAACCCAGAUCAGCGCUCUAAUCUUGGCCCUAGGCCGGCUCGUGGAUCUACUGUUGAUGGAGAUAUUACUCCACCUGCUCAGAAGCAGUCGAAUCAAGCGAGCACUCAAACUUAUUCACGCGGCCUCCUGAAGCCAUCGAAUCAUUCUUCUAAGACUCUACAGUUGAGACUAACAUUCGGGUCUGGCGAUCAAGAUAUACUGCCUAUAAUCCAUACAAGAGAUACUUGGCCAGGGAUUUUAGACUUGACCUUCCCAAGUAGAGAGAGCCUCCAGAGGUGCAAUGAAUGGAAUCCACAUGGGAGUCAGGAUAUAUUUGGUGUUGACAGGGCGAUGAAGGCUCGGGAGUCUACCGCAGGUUGGGAUUGGUAUUAUAGUAAUAUCGGAGCCCAAUUUCGUGAGAAGCAGCAACUUACAGCCAUCACGGAAGAGUCAUGCCAGACUUACUUACCUAGUCGUGAGGUACCAAAGUUGACCGUGUUGAUGGGCCCAGCCGGUUCACAAACUACUUUCUUACUAGGACGUGACGAACUAUUUGACUUUAGUUUGGCAUGGCCUUCCACGAGGCCUGUCUCCAUCAAGAAAGAGAAGGAUAGGACUUCUGGGCCCAACUCGAAUGAAGGGCCAUCCGCUACUCCUAAUUUAGUGAAGGCGCGAGAGGGAUGGAUUCUGAACCUGGGAAAUCGAAUCCAAUGCGCCACCUGGGCUCCGAAUUGUCCUGGGAACUCUCAGUAUCUCGCUGUAGUAGCGCCAAUUCUCGACAGCCAGAAGGCAAAGUUUGACGACGGAGGUAUCAAAGGCGCCCCAGCGUUCACGCCUUCUGCACCAUACCCCUCCGCAAUUCAAAUUUGGAGGUUUGAAGCCAGUGAUACGGUAAAUGGAUUGCGAAGACUAAAUAUGAAUAUAAAGCCGCGUCUACAAAAGGUCAUAUGCGCGGAUUCCGGCAAUAUAAAUCGCCUUUAUUGGUGCCCAAUUGCCGUAGAAAGGGCCUCAGCGAAUGGACAUAGCAAUGAGCCACCGAAGCCUACACUAUUAGCUGGACUUUGGAGCGAUGGUUCUGUCAAAGUCUUUGAUGUUGACUUGUGUGACAAGGGCGCUGGGACCGAAUAUGUCACGUUACAAAGCCCAGCAUUCCAAACCAAACCCCCUUCAACAGUUUGUACCUGCCUUACCUGGAUGUCGCCAACAGAUAUAGCCAUUGGAUGCGCAAACGGAUCUAUUGGUUUAUGGAGCUUGGUUAAGUCAGCUCAAGACGAGUCACCUAACCCUGAACCUUACUUAUACAUUCCGGUUCAUGAUACCUACAUACUUAACAUUGUCUCAGCUUAUCCAACGCACCCAUAUAUUAUUGCAGCAACCUCCAUGGGUGGGCAAACGCGAUUAGUUUCUCUCCUGCAUCCGACCGCAGAAAUAGCCGAAGCGCUUCGAUUAAGAGUAGGAACACAGUGUCUUAUCUAUGCGCCGUUUUUGCGCUCCUUCAUAACCAAUGAUGAGGGCGAUUUUGUUCGGCUUCUCCCUCUUCGCCGCUUUUUUUCCAGCCUUGCGGCCCUCAAGUCCCGCAGCACUGUCACAGCCCUAGCAACCGCUAGUUUACACCACCCAUGUAUUCUUGCUGGCAACGCGAGCGGUGCAGUAAUUGCUAAUAACCCUCUUCGAAAGCUACUACAUUCCAAAGAAAAGCAGUGGCAACAGAAUUGGUUCUCACAGGAGUGGGUCAGUGGGGAAAAUAACAACAAUAUAACACCGGGGGCCGUCGUUAAAUUCUAUGACGGAUUUAAGGCAGAAACUACUAACCUAUCCAAAGGAUCCUCAGCGCAAGAGAAGGAAACAGGCCAGGUCGCCUUAAUGACCAUAUACGAAGAACAAACCGCCGUCACUGCCGUUGCGUGGAACCCAAACGCGUCUUGCGCUGGGUGGGCAUGCGCAGGAAUGGGCAGUGGCUUGCUGAGGGUGGAAGACUUAGCCCAUGAGUAA